UACCCACAGCACAGGUUCAUCGGCGAGGAGUCUGUAGCUGCAGGUGAGCGUCUGGAGCUGACUGACAGUCCCACCUGGAUCAUCGACCCCAUCGAUGGAACUGUUAACUUUGUACACAGGUUUCCAUUUGUGGCCAUCUCCAUCGCCUUCACUGUCAACAAGCAGACAGAGUUUGGGAUCGUGUACAGCUGUGUGGAGGACAAGCUGUUCUAUGCUCACAGAGGAAGAGGAGCGUUCCUGAAUGGAGAACCGCUGCACGCCUCCGGGCAGGAAGAUGUCAGCAGGUGUGUGGUGGUGACUGAGAUUGGAGCAGAGCGUGAUGACCUCGCUCUGUCCACCAUGACCUCCAACAUCUUUAGACUGCUGAAACUACCUGUACACGGUGUCCGUGCGUUGGGGACGGCAGCAGUUGACAUGUGUCAGGUGGCAACAGGCGGAGCCGACGCCUACUAUCACAUUGGGAUGCACUGCUGGGACAUCGCCGCCUCCGCCAUUAUUGUCCAGGAAGCUGGAGGCGUCGUCAUGGAUACAGACGGCUCAGAGUUCGACAUGAUGUCCCGAAGAGUCAUCGCCGCCAGCUCCUCUACUGUGGCCAAUCGUAUUGCUCAGGUCAUCCAGGUCUUUCCCUGUUGCCGUGAUGACGAGGACCCCUGCAGGUGUAUCUGUGGAGGGACAGGUGUGAACGGAGUGUAGGUCAGCUGACAGGAAGUCUGACAAGUGUGUAACAAGAUUUUAAAAACACUAAUAAA